UUUAUUUUCUUGUGUGGGAGUUACUGAAGCCAGGCUUUCUGGUCCUGUCCGGGUCGGGUGUCUCUGAUGCGACAUACUCCGACGCUGUAGCAUCACUGGGCUAGCUGCCGCUCGACGGUGGCUGGCCUUGAUAAGACAUCUACAACCUCGAAGUUAGCGAGAUAAUGCUAAAAAAAAACAGCGAUUAGGCUUUUUAUACGGCGGUGAUUAAAAAAAAUCACCGCGGCUAUCUUAAGUGACAGUUUUUCGUUGCGGUCGCCUUUUUUAUCUGCUCUCACCCUCUCGCUUUUUGCUGAUGUAACGCUUAACAUAUGAUGGCAACGGUGCAAUCUACCAAACGUGGGGACCCAAAUGAGCUAAAGGCAAUUUUCCACAAGUAUGCCAGUAUUGUGGACAAAGAUGAAGAGAGGUUUAUGACCCCAGGAGACUUUGUCCAGAGGUUUCUGGGACUACACACACAAAUUCAUCACAACCCCAAAACAGUCCAACUUAUCGCUGCUGUAGCCGACACCACAAAGGACGGGCUGAUCUCAUUCCAGGAGUUUCUUGCAUUUGAGUCAGUGCUGUGUGCACCAGAUGCCCUCUUCAUAGUAGCCUUUCAGUUGUUUGACAAGACUGGAACUGGCACCAUUUCCUAUGAGAAUGUCCGAGACAUCUUCAGCCAGACCACAGUGCAUCACCACAUUCCCUUCAACUGGGACUGUGAGUUCAUCCAUCUGCACUUUGGGCACGACCGCAAGAAACAACUUAGCUACCUUGAGUUCACCCAGUUCCUUCAGGAGCUGCAGUUGGAGCAUGCACGUCAGGCGUUUGCUCAGAAGGACAAAGGGAAAAAUGGUGCCAUCUCUGCAAUGGACUUCAGUGACAUUAUGGCUACAAUCAGGCACCACAUGCUCACACCCUUUGUGGAGGAGAACCUUGUCUCAGCUGCCGGUGGCAGCACUUCUCACAUGGUCAGCUUCUCUUAUUUCAAUGCCUUCAACUCCCUCCUGAACAACAUGGAGCUGAUCCGCAAGAUCUACAGCACGCUGGCUGGAACACGGAAGGACACACUCGUGACCAAAGAGGAGUUUGUUCAUGCUGCCAACAAGUUUGGUCAGAUCACUCCCAUGGAAAUUGACAUCUUGUAUCAGCUAUCGGGCCUGCAUUCUCCCUCUGGACGUCUGAACCUUGCUGACAUUGAAAGGAUAGCUCCGUUAGAGGAGGGAUGUCUGCCCUACCACCUGGCUGAAACUCAGAAACAGUCCCACGGGGAUGUUUCCAGGCCUGUGUGGCUCCAGGUUGCAGAAUCGGCCUACAGAUUCACUCUGGGCUCCAUUGCUGGAGCCACCGGAGCAACGGCAGUGUAUCCUAUCGACUUGGUGAAGACUCGAAUGCAGAACCAGAGGUCUACAGGAUCCUUUGUUGGAGAGUUGAUGUACAAAAACAGCUUUGAUUGUGCAAAGAAGGUCCUUCGCUACGAAGGCUUCUUUGGCUUCUACAGAGGUCUGGUUCCUCAGCUCAUUGGUGUGGCACCUGAGAAGGCUAUAAAACUCACAAUGAAUGACUUUGUAAGAGAUAAAUUCACAGAGAAAGAUGGCACGAUUCCUUUAUUUGCUGAAAUUAUGGCUGGUGGAUGUGCUGGAGCCUCUCAAGUGAUCUUUACCAACCCUCUGGAGAUUGUGAAGAUCCGCCUGCAGGUAGCAGGUGAGAUCACCACGGGGCCUCGGGUCAGUGCUCUCAGUGUGGUUCGUGACCUGGGCUUCUUUGGUCUCUACAAGGGUGCCAAAGCUUGUUUCCUAAGAGACAUCCCCUUCUCAGCAAUCUAUUUCCCAGUGUAUGCUCAUAUCAAGUCUCAAAUGGCUGACGAAGAUGGCAGACUGGGACCUUUGCAGCUUCUCACUGCUGGAGCGAUUGCAGGUGUGCCAGCGGCCUCUCUUGUUACACCGGCUGACGUCAUCAAGACACGUUUGCAAGUUGCAGCAAGGGCUGGUCAGACCACUUAUUCGGGAGUCAUCGACUGCUUCAGGAAGAUAAUGAGAGAGGAAGGCUUCAGGGCUUUGUGGAAAGGAGCUGGAGCUCGUAUGUGCAGAUCCUCCCCUCAGUUUGGUGUAACUUUGGUGACUUAUGAGCUCUUGCAACGGUGGUUCUACGUUGACUUUGGAGGACAUCGCCCAGCAGGAUCUGAUCCAACGCCCAAGUCUCGCAUCUCGGAGCUUCCUCCCAUCAACACGGACCACGUCGGAGGCUACCGCCUGGCUGCAGCUACUUUUGCCGGAGUGGAGAACAAAUUCGGCCUUCACCUUCCCAAGUUCAAAUCAUCUGGUGUGGUUUCCAUACAUCAUCCAGAGGCAGGCACUGCCUCACCAGUUCAGACGCCAUAGAAGUCUACGUUUCUUAUAUCACCUCACCAUCCUUCUCCUCCUAUACCAGGGGCCAGACACUUAGAUAGACACU